AUGAGCUUUGAUUUGGAUGAUCCUUUGGGCGAUUUGCUCAGCGAUGGCAGUAACGACAGUUUUUUCGGAGAAACACCCAAAAAAUCGACCGUUAGUAAUACCAACGAGUCGUCUGGUGCUAAAAAAGAGGUAAAAGUAACGACUUCCACGCCAAAAAAUGACUCAAAAAGCAAAAUGGACGAACUUUUUGGCAUCAAAGAAACGAAGAUCGUUGACACACCCCGAGGUACCCCAAAGAUGAGCCGAAACCCAGAAAAGCCACUUUUGAGCACUCAAUCAGCGGGUUCUCUAUUGAAAAAGUCACAAACCUUCGACAAGGACGACGAUAUUCUGUCAGAUUUGGGUUUUGACGUGAAUGUCAAGCCAAAACAGCAAAAAUCUCACUCGAAAGCGAGCAUUUUGGAUGACAUUUUGGGAGGUCCGUUAACAGCCAAGGAAGACUUUGGCGUACGCCCAAAGACUCUCGAAGGUACAAAAUCUGCUCCGGAAAUGCCAACUUCGAACAAGGAAAUUUCGCGCCAAUCGACAAUCACGUCAGAAAUGGACUCCAACAUGUCGGAAAAUACCGUUUUGGGGGGUUAUGUGCCAAAUAGUCGACGUCAAAGUGGCAGGAGACAAUCAUCGAUGGCGUUAAAUGAUCCACUUGGGCUCUUUUCGAAGCCGGAAGAGACAAAAACAGCAACAGAACCGACUCUUCCUCCCGCGAAAACUGUUGAAACGAAAAAAAUUGAAGAAAUUUCAAAAGUAAUUCCCGUUCCCGCACCGCGUCAGGAUCAAACAAUCGACAUCGACAACAAAGCACAAAUCCUGGCGAUAAGCGCUUCGGAGACAAAUAACGCCCUCGCCAGCUUAAAACAACAGGAAAUGUCCUUGGCUGUCGCGGCACAAAUGAAAGCGCAAGAAAUCGCCUUGACGGACAUGCAACAACGCCAAGAAACGCUUUUGCGCCAACAAGAACAGCAAUUUAACGAGUUGCUGCAGAAACAGCUGCAACGACAAGGAGCUCUCGAGGAAAACAUCAAACGACAACAGGAACGCAUAAAUGCUCACAUUAAUCUCUUAAUGACACAACCGGCAGCUAUUUACGCCACGGAACUAUCGACAACAGACGACAACUCCUCGAGCACAUCUGACGACGAGAAACACAAACCGGCAUCCGAUUUGGCAGAGUUGAAGUCAGAAAUUAAACAAUUGGAGCUGGAAAAACUCCGUUUGGAGGAUUUGUUGUCGAAUAUCAACGCGAAUCACGAAAAUGAAAUAGUUUUCAUGGAAAAUAGUUACAAAAAACAACUAAAAUUACUCGAAGAAUCCCUUCAAAAGACUGAAACCCGCUUGCGAGCUGAAAACAAAUCACUUCAAGACUAUUAUUUUGCCAAAAUCGACGAUAUCGAGGCCGAAAAGCAACAUUUACUGGAUGAGAGUAAGGCGAAAAUCAAUUCUGCCAAGGAAGAGUACGAGCGAAACAUCAAAGAAAUCCGUAAAAAGUACGAAGACGACUUGCAAACGAUGGAACAGAAUUACAAAGACAUGAUACAAAACAUACGACAAUCGAAAUUAUUGGAAUUUUCCGUUGUACAGGAAAAUGGUAAUUAUCUCGAGACGUUACGCAAUGCCUCGAAGGUGCUGGAAAAUGCAAAUGAGGGAUUAGGGACAUUAAAAAUUGAUUUGCAUGAGAAAAUUGAAAAGGUAUGUUACGAGAAAGAGUCGGAAUUGAAGAUGCGCGAGCACAAAGUCGAACAGGCGGAGAAAAUUAUGCAAAAAGAGCGGGAAAAUGCGGAAAAGGAGAGAACGAGGCUUUUGGAGCUCGUUGCGAGUUUGGAAAUUAAACUAGGAUCGUUGGAACAAACAGCGAACGAAGACAAUUGGAACGUGAAACAAAAAUUGACAGCGUUGGAAGUUGAAAGAGCGGCAUUUGAACGUGAAAAAGCUUUCAUGCGAGAUCAAAUAACGCGGGAACAGAAACGAUUGGAAGAAAUGAAACAACUUCAAAGCUUGGAAUAUGAUCGCACAAUGAAACAAAUUGAAGAAGAACGGAUGAACUUGAUAACGGAAAAGGCGAAAAUCGAAACAAAUUUGCGUCUUCAGAAACGUCCCGACACUCACACGUCCCGCGCAGAGAUCGAAGCUGCACUAAAAGUUGCCGAAGAAGCAGGUCGUCAAGCUGACAUUGAACGUGAACGACUAAUCGACGUUCAGCGUCAAUACGAGACAAAACGACGAGAAUUAUCAAAAGAAGAACAUUCGAUGCGCGCAAAACAACUUGAACUUGAAGAGGCGAUCAACGUUGCCAAAGCAAAAGAGAAAAUGGCAGAAACUUCCCUAAAGAACGUAAAAACACUCGAACGCAACAUCCUCAUCAAACUGCAAGUUUUGCAGCGACACAAGAAGGAAUUGCACGAACGCGAGUCAAAAUUGUCAAUCGAAAAACUCAAUUUGAGCAGGGAACGAAUGCAACUCGACAACGUGCGUCGCAAACAGCUCGACAAUCGGUGCAGUCUAUGCAAAAUCGGCGAAAAGUCCAUGGAGAUAUCGAAUUUGCUGUCGACAACGACGCCAAACGACAACAUUCCGGAACAAAAUAUCUUCGAUACUGCCGACGAUGACAUUGACGUCGAUCUGUCGCUGAACAAGUUGCGACACGAAAACGAGGCGAGUAACUGGGAAAUUGACUUGAAUGGUGUGCCGAACAUUGGAGAUGCGUCAGAUAACUUGCUCGAUGCGGAUUUGCUGUUGCUCAAAUUUGAUAUACUUAACUCGUCGAUGUCUGUGCCGAAUAUGGCGUUUGAGUGA